GAGAGAGAGAGAGAGAGAGAGAGAGAGAGAGAGAGAGAGAGAGAGAGAGAGAUGAAGGGCGUACCAGACGCGAAACGAUCGCGCCGGGUUCGCGACCGGUCGUGUUGAUCGUCGAGUUAUCGGACGUGAAUCUAACGCGAGGAAUGUACGAUAUCUCGAGGCGAAGAUAUUCCAGCAAAGGUGAGGACAGCGCGGAUACCACGGCUCGCUACGGAGAGAGACAGAGAAAGGAAUAGGAGCGAUAGGGAGAGAGAGGGUGUUGCGCGGUGCUAGAACGAAAGGAGGAAGAACGCGAGUGGUGGAAAAGACGGUGGGAGGAGGAAAGAAGACGGAGAACAACGUAGAACGAGGUCGGAUAAGCUCGCAUCCACCGAAGGAAUUUCCACGGGGAGGUAUCGCGCGCUGGUCUGGCCAACGGCAUGUUUUUAAUCUAGCGCAGUCACCUUUGCAGAGACGUUCGGCUGGUUGUGGUAUUAUAGCCUCUGUGGGAUACAGGCGCGAACGCAACGCAACAGUCGAACGCAACUCUUAGAAGUGGAAGUGUUUACGAGAGGAACGACCAAGGUAAAACGUGAUUGUGGUUGGUGCUGGUGCUGCUAGUGGGUGAUUAAUGUGCCGUUUGAUCGCGUACACGCGUUUUCCUCCGCCGGAUUUUUAACAACGGACGCGCGUACAAGACGCUGAUUGUCGGCAAGGAACGCCGAAGAGAGAGAGAGAGAGAGAGAGAGAGAGAGAAAGAGAGAAAGGGAAAUUUCGUGGCCGCAUGAAGAAUAUUAGGAGGUAUCGAACGGUGCCGCCGCGUCCUCUAACGAUCGAUCGUUCAGGAAUGGAAAGAUCCAGAUAAUAGCGAAGGACGGCGGAGGCGAAGGUGGUGGUGGCGGCGGCGGUUGUGGAGGCCCCAGGAUGCGGCACCUGCUACUACUGUUCCUCGUCCUGGGAGCGAUUGUUCUCGCCCCGGGCGCACGGUCUGAGCUCGUAAGAUACUUGGAGGUCUCGGAGAAUGCUCGACCAGGAACCAGGGUGGGUUUCAUCGACGCCGAUAGCCCGCCGUAUUUGAUCGUGUCGGUUUCCGGGUCGGCGGUUGAUUCAGAUUUGAUAGUGGAUCACGCGACCGGCGAGAUAAGGACAAAAGUGCCAUUGGAUCGCGAGACUAGACCGUCCUACAGCUUGGUCGCUCUGCCGCAGAACAUUCAGGUGGUGGUGAAGGUUCUCGACGAGAACGACAAUGCGCCGACGUUUCCUGUGGACCACGUGGACGUCGAGUUCCCGGAGAAUUCGCCUCGCGAUGCGAAACGAGCCUUGCCGCCCGCUAAGGAUCCCGAUCUCGGCCAAUACUCGACGCAACGUUACGAGAUCGUGUCCGGAAAUCACGGGGAUGCGUUUAGACUGUCGCAGCAUCGUGGUCGCGACGGUGUUUUAUAUCUGGAUCUGCAAAAUUCCGGAUCGUUGGAUCGCGAGGCUCGUUCUCGGUAUCAUCUGGUGAUAGAGGCGUUGGACGGCGGUGCUCCGCCGCUUCGCACGAGGCUGCACGUGAAUGUGACUGUGCAGGACGUGAACGACAAUCCGCCGAUUUUCAAUCAGACGAGGUAUGUGGCCAGCAUACCGGAGAAUGCGACCGUCGGCACGUCGGUGUUGGAGGUGAAUGCGACGGACAGCGACGCUGGCGACAACGGCCGAAUCGAGUAUUCCAUCAAUCGGAGGCAAUCGGAUCGCGAGGAGAUGUUUCGCAUCGAUCCGGAAACCGGCAUGGUUUACGUGAACAAGGCGUUGGACUUUGAAUCGAAAGAGCGGCACGAACUGGUGAUCGUUGCGCGGGAUCGCGGCGCCCAGCCUCUCGAGGCGAGUGCGUUCCUCUCGGUCCGUGUAACCGACGUAAACGACAAUCAACCGGCCAUCACAGUGAUCUUCCUCUCGGACGACGCAACGCCCAAGAUCAGCGAGAGCGCCCAGCCAGGAGAAUUCGUCGCCAGGAUAUCGGUGAGCGAUCCGGACUCGAGGACUGAGUAUUCGAACGCUACUGUCACGUUGACCGGUGGCGAAGGACACUUUGGCCUGGCCACCAGAGACAACAUCAUAUACCUAGUGGUUGUUGAGAGGCCGCUGGAUCGCGAGGAGAAGCCCGUUUACGAUCUUUCGGUGGAAGCGACCGACGCUGGCACACCUCCGUUGCGAGCCGUCCGAACGUUUCGUCUUCUCGUCACGGAUGUAAACGACAACGCCCCGAAAUUCGGCCGAGAAAUGUACGAGGCCCAUUUGCUCGAAGCCUCGGAGCCGGGUACCCCGGUUUUGAAAGUGACUGCUACGGACCUCGACGAAGGUGCCAACUCCGCCAUCAAGUACUCUAUUUUUAAUUCCACGUGGUUCACCAUCGACGAAACCACCGGUUUGAUAUCCACGCGGACUCACGUCGACUGUGAAGCUGAUCCUGCGCCAAUUCUAGUGGUUAUCGCCACCGAUUCCGGUCGUCCGCCGUUAAGUAGUAGUGCGACAGUUCGCGUCACCGUCCACGAUCUCAACGACAACGAGCCGAUCUUCGAGAAACCGCUGUACAACGCCACCGUACCCGAGGAUAUGCCCGUUGGACACUGCUUUCUCAAGGUACAGGCGACGGAUCCGGAUUGCGGCGUGAACGCAAUGGUAAAUUACACGCUAGCCGCGGGAAGAAUGGAAAGCGAACAGCUGAUGGUACGCAGCGAUACCGGAGACAUUUGCGUCAGAACACCGUUGGACAGAGAAACAGCUCCCUAUCUGGAGAUUCCCGUCAUCGCUACCGAUAGAGGUGGUCUCAGUACCGUAGCUAUCGUACGUGUGCAAGUGACGGACGUCAACGACAAUCGUCCGAUCUUCGAGCCAAGAAAGUACAACGUCACUCUGAGGAGCGACAGUCCGAUACAAGGGCCGAUUCUGAGGCUGGUGGCCACGGACAUGGACGCGGGACUUUUCGGUCAGGUCGCGUACCGCAUCACCAGCGGGAACGAAGCUGGUGUUUUUCACAUCGAUCGGAACACCGGUGAACUUCAAGUCGGCAGGCCGAAUUUGCUCCCGAGGUCGCCGCUGCAUCAGUUGAACGUGACGGCGACGGACGCGGCUGGCCUGAAGAGCACGUUCGACGCUGAAGUCCGGAUCAGCACGUCCUCGCCUGGCCACAGAAUCGCCAGCUGUGAGAAACCACGCUACACCAUCACCGUGAAGGAGACCGUCUCUCAGAACAGCAUCGUCGGUGGCGUGAAAGACGGAUCUUCGUCCUCCUCGUCGUCGGGUGAACGGGCAAUCAGAUUUUAUUUGGCGAAGGAAGAACCGGAUCUAACGAUGGACCCCAAUACCGGCAUGAUCCGCGUUCGCCUUCCGUUGGAUCGUGAAACGCGGGACAAGUAUAUCCUGAGCGUGGAGGCGCGCAAUGGAAUUUCCGUGGGCUACUGUCAGGUGGAAUUGAACGUGGAGGACGUGAACGACAACGCGCCGACCUUUCCGACCAGCAGCGUGCGCAUUUCGGUGCCGGAGUCGCAUCCCCUGCAUUCGGCGCUGUACGUGGCACACGCGACCGAUCCGGACGUCGUCCCAUCCCACCCGAUACGCUACGUCCUUGGUCAGAACAGCAACGACCUGUUCGGAAUAGACGGCCGGUCGGGAGAGCUCUAUUUAGCCAGGAGAUUGGAUUACGAGACUCAGCAGAGGCACGGCCUUCUGAUAAGAGCGUUGGACGGUGCCGGCCUCUCCGCGAAUCUCAGCCUGAGCGUCGAGGUGCAGGACGUGAAUGACAACCCCCCAGUGUUCGAGAGGAACGAGUAUCACGUGGAGGUUCCCGAAGGCGCCAGGCUCGAUUCUCAAAUUCUUCAGGUGACCGCGGUGGACCUCGACACCGGCAAUAACGCGCGGCUGAGUUACCGUCUUCAAGGAUCGACGGCCUUCCGGAUCAGUCCCAACACCGGCUGGAUUUAUCUCGCGCAGAUUCUCGAUCGCGAGACCUUGGAUCGGCACGCGCUGACGGUCCUCGCGACCGACAACGGUUCUCCGGCUGCAACCGCCAGCGCUUCCGUGCUAGUCACGGUGCUCGACGACAACGACAACGAUCCCCGUUUCGAGAAGGACUUUUACGGGUUCGAGCUGCUGGAGAAUCUGCCCUCGGGCACGCUGGUCGGUUCUGUGAGCGCCUCCGAUCCCGAUCUCGGCAAGAACGCCCUGCUCAGGUACGCGGUGGUCCAGGCCAACAGCAGUUUCACCGUCGAUCCUGACACAGGCGAGAUUGCCACGAGAGAGCCGCUCGAUCGGGAAACGAAGAUCGUGCACGAGCUGGUCCUCGAAGCUCGGGACCAAGGUACCCCGUCGAGAGCGGCCAGAGUACCCCUCAAGGUUACAGUGUUGGACGUGAAUGACAACUCGCCGGAAAUCGUGGACCCACAGGGAGAUGUGGUCAGCGUCAGGGAGGAACAACCGCCGGGGACGGAAGUGGCGCGUGUCAGGGCAUUGGACCACGAUCUCGGUGAAAAUGCGUCUGUGACGUACACGAUUCUGAAAGACCGAGACUCGGAUGGUUACAACGUUUUCACCAUUGACCCAAUCACCGGCAUGAUCAGAACGAAGGCGGUUCUCGAUCACGAGGAGCGAAACGUAUACCGGGUGUCCGUAAAGGCGACGGACGCGGGCCGACCGCCACGACACAGCGUGCGCGCGUUGAGAGUCGAGGUUCUAGCGCUGGCGGAUAACCGGCCGACCUUUACCAGCAGCAGCCUUACCUUUAACGUGCGCGAGGACGCCAGCAUCGGGCAAGCUGUGGGAUCGGUGUCGGGUGCAGGGCCAGCGGGUCGUGUGGCCUUCACCUUGGACUCGCUGACGCCCGCUAGCGAAUUUCCAGCGUUCGACGUCGAUCGUAGCUCCGGCCAAUUGGUGGUCGCUCAUUCGCUCGACCGCGAGAACGUCAGCGAGUAUCACUUGGAGAUACGCGCGUUGGACACCACGUCGAUCGGCAACCCCCAGAGCAUCGCUGUCUCGGUGAAGAUUGUGAUUGAGGAUGCUAACGACAAUCCACCCCGAUGGCCGCAGGAUCCGAUAACCGUUCGCGUGUCGGAGAGGGCGGUGAUCGGCUCCACCAUAUACAACUUGACGGCCGUCGAUCUGGACAGCGGUUUGAACGGCGAUCUUCGAUACGGUCUGGUGGCCGAGUUUCCAUCGAGAGGCAGCUUCGCGGUCGACUCGUUGACCGGCGCUCUCACGUUGGCCCGGCCGCUCGACAGGGAGGAGAGAGCCGAGUACACGCUGAUUCUCAAGGCGUCGGAUCGCGCUCCACCCGGCGAGCAAUUAGCCUCGACCGUGACUGCGAGGAUCGUCGUGCUCGACCAGAACGACAACGACCCGGUCUUCGUCGCGCCUGAAUCCGCUAAAGUCGCGGUCACACCGGACCUCUUGCCAGGGGCGACGCUCGUGAGAGUGGUCGCCGUGGAUAAAGACGCAGGUGACAAUGGCCGUGUAUCGUACGUGAUUACAUCGGCGAACGAGGAGGCGAGAUUCUCGGUGGGUUACGAGUCCGGUAUAGUGAGCCUGGAGAGGCCUAUGGUGAGGUCGACCGAGCUCGAGAUUACGGCCAACGAUCACGGUUCCCCACCGCGCAAGUCCACGCUCAGGCUGAUUUUGACGCUGGCUUCUGGACAGACGAACGGACCUCCUCGGCUACUGCUGGCCAAUCCUGUCGCUAGAAUUUCAGAGGAUCUGCAGGUCGGCGCGCCGGUUCUAAACGUCGCCGGUCCUAUCAUCGCCGAUCAGGGUAACGUCAGCUUCAGUAUACCGAGCAAUCUGGCAGCGGACAAAUUCUCCGUCACGCCGAACGGUCUGGUGACGUUGCGCGGCCCUCUGAAUCGCGAGCUGGUCUCCCGCUACUCGGUUCCAAUUCUGGCGAGGUCCAGCAAACUGUUGGACAUCAGCGCGCUCGAGGUUCUAGUCAUGGAUGAAAACGACAACAGCCCUGAAUUUCGACCGGGCUCGUGUUACACGCUCGCCGUACCGGAGAACCAAGGGACUUCCGUCAUUCACACGAUCGCGGCGGCUGAUCUCGACGAAGGGAAAAACGGAGAAAUUUAUUACAGCAUCGUAGGUGGCAACAUCGGCGCAAAGUUCACCUUGGAUCCUGUAACCGGAAUGCUGUCGAUGUCGAAUCUGGACCGAGAAGCGGUGUCCAAGUACGCGCUGACGAUUUCAGCCAAGGACAAAGGUCGGCCUAGUUUGGAGGCGCGAUGUAACUUGACCGUGAUCGUUUUGGACGUGAACGACAACGCUCCGUCGUUCGUGCAAAACCAGUACACCGAGUCGAGGCCCCGAGGAUCGGUCGCAAGUGCCGAGUAUCCCGGAUUCGCUUUGUCCAACGGCUUCUCGUACAGCUCCUCCAACUAUCCGACAAACUAUCACCCUAGCAAAUACGUGGCCACCAUUUCCGAGGACGUGGCGCCAGAUUCUAGCGUAAUGUCCGUGAGAGCGACGGAUCCGGACCAAGGAGUGAAUGGAAAAAUCACGUAUGCCAUCGGCGAAGAAACGAGCUGGCUGUUCAGAGUUGACAACCUGACGGGCGUUAUCACAACGGCUGGGCCCCUGGAUCGCGAGCGGCAAAGUUCCUACAGCUUCGUCGUGGUGGCAACAGACAGCGGCAAGUACGAUGCCAGGAGUACCACGAUCCCGGUGGAGAUCCGUGUGAGCGACGUCAACGACAACGCGCCGGUCUUCGAGGAGUAUCCUUUCCGCGCUCGUGUGUCGAUCGGCACACAGCCGGAGAAGAACAUCCUUCGAGUAGUGGCGACUGAUCUCGACGACGGUCCCAACGGAGAGGUUGUCUACUCCUUUCUGCACGAGCAGGAGAAGCCUAAAUUCAGGAUACAUCCGAACACGGGCGCGGUCACUGCCGCCUUGUCCUUGUCGCAGGAUAACGGCAAGACUUAUCACUUAGAGGUGCUGGCCAGAGACAAGGGGAACCCGCCAAAAAGCGCUCGAGGACUGAUCGAACUUCAGGUGGGCGAUCUCGCCGAUUUGACGCCGGGGUUGAAAUUUCAAAACGAGUCGUACGAGGUGGUCGUUCAGGAGAACUCCGCGGCCGGUACCGAAGUGCUCCAGGUCUCAUCCGUGCGAUCGGACGGCAGAAGGCAACACGUUUCCUACUCCCUUGGCUCGGGCAACGAUUUCGGCACGUUCGCCAUCGACGAAGAUACCGGCCUGCUGCGCGUCAACGAUCCGUCGAGGUUGGACGCGGAACUGUGGACCGAUCUGAGGGUGAAACCGACGGAGGAACAAACCGAGGACAGUCGAACGAACUCGUGGGGUAGAUCACUGGAGGGGCAGCAGUCCAAGGAGAAGCCCAGGGAAAGCUCGAAGCACGUUCUCACGGUGGCUGCCAGAACCAGCGGCCCCGAUCCUUUGGAAGCGUACGUGAAAGUUGUGGUCAAGGUGUCCGACGUGAACGACAAUCCGCCAGUUUUCACUCAAACGCAGUACUCGGCGACGGUGUUGGAGGGAAACGUUAAAGGAGAUUUUGUCGUCAAGCUUUCGGCGAGCGACGCGGACCAAGGGAUGAACAGCAGGAUCUUGUACCAUAUCGUGGACGGUAAUCCGGACAACGCGUUCACCAUCAGUCCACCGUACAGCGGCAUAGUUCGGACCAACAUCGUGCUCGACCGUGAAAUACGAGAGAAAUAUAGACUAACGAUCAUCGCGACGGAUCAAGGGAACCCACAGUUGACAGGAACGGCCGCUCUCAGUGUUCGCGUGAUCGAUAUCAACGACAAUCAGCCGACUUUUCCCGAGCACAGCAUCAUCUCCGUUUCCGAAGGUACCACCGUUGGCACCGUGUUGACCACCAUCACGGCGAACGACGUGGACAGCUCUCCGGCCCUGAUCUAUCGAUUUGGCAACGUGACCAGUCCCGGCCCCUUCAGCAUCGACAGAUACGGAGGCAAAGUGGUUCUUCGUAGACGCCUGGACGCCGAAACAAGGUCGGAGUACAGCCUGCAGGUCAUCGCCAGCGACGGUAUUCACGAGGCGACCACGGAUCUGAUAGUUCGCGUCACGGACCUCAACGACAACGCACCGCGAUUUCAACAGUCCGCUUACAUCGCCACGCUGCCUGAGGGGAGAGGAGAUUUGCAGGAAAUUUUGACGGUGAACGCGACCGACGACGAUCUUACGGAGGACAACAGUCGGGUGCGAUAUUAUCUGCUGAAACCUACCAAAGGUUUCUCGGUGCAUCCAGUCACCGGCGUUCUGACGGUUAAUCGUACCGCGAUACUAAGACCGUUGCCCAAAGAGGUGGAGUUGGCCAUCGUAGCGGAGGAUUACGGCAAGCCACCGGCGUCGUCCAUAUGUUCCGUGGUCGUGCGAUUGAGCAGCUUGAAGAGCAGCCUGCCCGGCAAAGAGUACAAGGUCACUGUCAAGGAAAAUACUUUGAAAGGCACCACUCUAAUGAGGUUGUCCGACGUGGACCUUCUGGACGGGGCGAUCGUGGCUGGCGAUGACAGCGGAACGUUCGAGGUGUCCAGAGGCAAAUUGAUCCUCUCGAAAACGCUCGACAGAGAAACGAAGGACAGGUACGUUUUACGGUUAGGCUCGAAGAACGAAAAUAUGACAACCGGAUCGCUGGUAGGAGGCGAGCCUGUCACGGUGAUAAUUACAGUGGAAGACGUAAACGAUAAUUAUCCCCGUUUCUUGGAGGAUCUUCACCAAGUGUCGAUCAAAGAGAACGCAGCUCGCGGCACCACAGUGGCCGUGUUACGCGCCAAGGACGACGAUCUGGCCGGAACCACGGCCGCAAACUUACUGUACGAGAUCACUUCCGGUAACGACGGUGGCCUCUUUCGGGUAGACAAAACCACCGGCGUGGUGCUGGUAAACGCGACUUUGGAUUGCGACCUCGAGCCAGACGUUCACAACCUAGUGGUGAUGGCGUGCGACAGCGAUCCGGCCUCUCCUCUCUGCGCCUUAACGAGGCUUCGCAUUCGUCUGGAGGAUGUGAACGAUAAUUCGCCGAAAUUCCCAGUCUCGGAGUAUCUGGAGUUCGUCGGCGAGAACGAGCCGAUUGGUACCACCGUAUUUUCGGCGCGUGCCUCGGACUUGGACCGCGGUAUAUUUGGAUCGUUAAACUACAGCAUCGUGUCGGCAGCGGCGACCGGAUUCUCCGACAUCGACGAUAGUUGGAAGUUGUUCGCCGUGGACGGGAAGUCCGGAACGGUGACGACACGUGCCAUUUUCGACUACGAGCUGCGAAAUCGAUACGCGUUCACUCUGCGCGCCACCGACACGGGCGGUCGAACGGCGGCCGUCAGAGUCCGAGUUGAGAUCGAGUCCAGGGACGAGUUUUACCCGCAGUUCACGGAGAGGAUGUACAAAUUUGGCAUAGUGAGCGGUGCCCAGGUGCUUCCGGGGACAGUGAUCGGUCACGUGACAGCGACAGACCGAGACAAAGGUCCCGACGGACGAGUCGUUUAUCAAUUGACUUCUCAACACCCGUACUUCAAGCUGAAUCGUACUACGGGCGCCCUGAUCGUGAAGCAGAAGCUGGUGCACAUCGACAUGGACGUGGAGGAGUCGUCGAGGUUGGUGGUCAGUGCCAGUUCCGGUAGACAGGGCUCCUUGUCGAACAUGACUGUGGUAGAAAUCACGUUGACGGACGACAGCGACUCGAGCAAAGCUAAAGGCGCGACAGCUCUUGCUACUCCGACCGACGUUGGAUCGAACAUGGCGGUCGCAGCGACCGGAGGACUGGCCGAUUGGGCGUUGGGUUUGCUGAUCGCUCUGCUUCUCCUGGUCGUCGCUUUCGGCGCUAUUUUUCUCUAUCUUCAUCUUCGAAAUCGAAGGCACAAGAAACCCGGCACGAAACCGGGUUUGAAUGGGGAGAAUAACGCCACCGCGUCCAACAGCUACGUAGAUCCGAGCGCAUUCGACACCAUACCGAUCCGAAGCGUGGCCGGAGUGGUCGGUGCAGGAGGUAACGGUGCUGGGAACGGUAACGGAGGUGGAGGCGCUGCAUCCUGUCAGUUUGCACCACCAAAAUACGACGAGAUACCACCGUACGGCACCUCCGGCCAAUCUGGACAACAACAGGCGACGUCCGAACUGUCUGGUAGCGAUCAGUCCGGUUCGUCUGGCAGGGGAUCGGCCGAGGACGACGGCGAAGACGAGGAGAUCCGAAUGAUCAACGAAGGCCAGCAGACUGGGGACUCAGCUAGCGAUCUGUCGGUUCACAAUACUCAGGAAUAUCUGGCCAGGCUGGGCAUCGUUGAUCCUCCGGCCGGAACUCCGCGAAGACCACCAGAAGCACUACCUCUCGACAGUUUACACUUGUUCGAGGACGAGGCUGCCACCGAAGCGGACAUCGCCACACUGAUUUACGGGAAGAUCGGUGAGCCAGGGAGGCCGAUGUCGGGUUUAGAAGUUCCUGGUGGUCCGUCCAUGAACGGAUCCCUGAGCUCUAUCGUGCACAGCGAGGAGGAACUAACGGGGUCGUACAAUUGGGACUAUCUGCUCGAUUGGGGACCCCACUAUCAACCACUUGCUCACGUGUUCAGUGAAAUUGCCAGGCUGAAAGACGACGCUGCUAGCGUUCAAAGCGGGAAUUCCGGCAGCAGCGGGAAAACCAAGUCUGUACAUAAAGCUCCGCCGCCGCCAUUGCUCACAUCUGUUGCUCCUCGAUCGUUGGCGGCUCCCGCAUUAGCCAGGGGGAUCCUUCCGAGAUCUCCGAUCAGUCACGACGCUUCCACAUUUCCGUCGGCGGCCCUUAGCCCGAGUUUCUCCCCGUCCUUGUCUCCUCUCGCCACCAGAAGCCCUAGUAUCAGCCCUUUGGUGCCACCUGCCACCCAAAGAUCCAGUCAGAGCGUCAAUAGAGGUAUUCCAGUCACCGACGCCGAGUUGAGGAUCUAACGAGAUCGCCUUCAGGUACCAGCGUUAGUAACGCUACAGUUUGAAAUCGGUGUUGUCAUGUACAGUCGGUAAGAUCGAUUCGAGAGUUGUCCAAUCGUGGCGACUCGGUUUCGUGUGAUUCCAGUGUGCACUGUGUAUAAAGUAGAGACUUUAAGCUGACUGGAGGGAAUUUUCUUUUUUUUUUUUUUUUUUUUCCUUUUCAAUUUUCCUUUUCCCUCCGUGAUAGACCAACGCCUCUUUUACGCGUCUUAGUUGUAGCAUCGAAACGAACGUUUGUAGAUAUCCACGCGCAAUGAUCCUAACGUAUAUAACGUAUAUUUUUUCAACGUACGAGAAAGAGGCGACCGCGCGAUAUUUUUCGAUAUUUUUCUAAAGACAGAUGUACGACUGUUACUCGAUCGUCGGCCGAUCGAUAGCUGAAAUAAUACUCGUUUUGUUUGUACAUAGGGAAGCCCGAGAUGGGCGCCUAGCCGCUAAGUGAUCGUGUAAAUAAUACUCAUGCGAAAGGACAAAAACAGAAGUAAUGCGUUAUAAUCAAAAGAUAGACUGCCUCCAAUUCGAUGUUCACACCUUCGUGCCAUGCCCGGUGAAACGCGCGGCUGUACAUCAUCAAAUUUUAUUGGAGACCGAGUGGGAUCGGUCGAUCCACUCGGACGAGCGUUUCCUCGAGCAUGGGGCGAUGCCAAUCGGUUAAAAACGCGUCGACACGAGCGAACUGAUUUAUCUGAUAUUCGUGCUCGCGCAACUCCAGAGAAUUCCUUUUACGCCUCUCCAGUUGUCAUUUCUACUACUUUGUAUUCGUCUCGUCUUCCGAUUGUUAUUUUCGAUGUAACGGAAGACGACGACGUUUUUCUUUCAGCCAGGUACGUUAUACAUAAAAAAAUUAGGAAAUAGAUAUGUCAUAUUUUGUAUAAAAAAAAAAAAAAGGACAACUCUUUGUACAAAGACUCUUCUGUGAGCCAAUGAUUCACUUUACGGUGAAUUCUAAAUAAAUGAAUUUUUUAGGAA